UGGCCUGUUCGCGCAUGGCCUCUUCAUGCCGGACCCUUUGCCCUGCCAAUCUGCCGGUCCAGAAAGCGCGGAGACGCUCCCCCCGCGUUCGAAAGAACCGGAAGCAACAGUGAAUGGAUAUGAAGUGCCGAUGUCAAUGGCGGGGAUGAAGUUGAUAUUCCAAGUCUGCCCCUUGCCUGUGUCGCAUAAAUCAGCCGAAGUCCUCCACAUACAGAGUUGAGGUCUGCUGUCUGUCACGCAGCCAACUUGUGCUACCGCCGAUCUCUUGGGUUUCUUUAUUCAAGAUGCGGUUUUCCAUAGUCUCUUCCCUGCUACUAUGCAGUCAAUCGUUGGCUGCCGUGGUCUCACGUCCACGUGCGUGUGCAAACCACUGGGUCCUUAGUUGGACGUCCAUGCAGCAGGUUGUCGAGCCAUACAAUCUCCCUCCUCCGCCAUUUAAUGAAAGCGACGGGCAGUUUAUCAACUCCACAAUUCGCCAAACCUUCCAGGUAUCACUUGAUGCUGAGCGAAUCCGCAUCCAGCUGUCCAAUGUCCUUGGCGAGAGUCCUCUGCCCAUUACCGAGGCUGCUAUCGCGUUUCCUGAGAACGGGCUGGCCGGAGUUGGGGAGAUUGACCCCAAGACUUCGUGCGGGCUGACGUUUGCUGGUCAAAGUUCUGUGACGAUUCCACCCGGGGAGGAGGUCUAUUCGGAUCCCAUUGACUUCAGCGUCGAUGCGGAAACCAUCGUUGCCCUCACUCUUUACCUCGAAAAAGGCCAGAGUGGUAGCAUUAUCACAGGUCAUCCUGGCAGCCGCACAACGUCGUGGAUGCAACGGGGAAGCGGUACCAAUGCCACCUCUAUCAGCGAGGCAGAGACGAACCAUUGGUACUUUGCAAGUGCUAUUGAGGCUUGGAAACCCCGGACCACAUCAUCCCUCAUCGUUCUUGGUGACAGCAUAACGGAUGGUCGGGGUAGUACUGACAAUGAAAACAACAGAUGGCCGAAUCUCCUUUUGGCUCGGCUGCGCGACGAAGGGAUCGAAAACAUUGCCGUCAACAACAAAGCUGCUGGAGGGAAUGCUGUGCUCUCUGGCGGGCUGGGUCCACCAUUGAUCACUCGAUAUGAACGAGAUGCUCUGGAGCAAAAGGGCACAAAAUAUGUCAUGAUUUUCGAAGGCGUCAACGACAUUGGCCCAAGCCAGACCGACGCUGCUACGCAGGAGACACUGUACGAAGACCUCAUUGAGGCCUACAAGAAGAUUGUCAGCGACGUCAAGGCCGCAGGCUAUACCACGAUUGGCGCGACAAUCACCCAAUUCCGCGGGAACGGGUACUACGACCCGGCCCGCGAGGUGACGCGCAACAAGGUCAAUGCUUGGAUCCUGACAAGUGGCGUAUUUGACCAUGUGGUGGACUUUGCCGCGUGGAUUGGCGACGGGGAUACUCUGAUACCAGAGUAUGACUCGGGCGAUGGGCUGCAUCCAAACGUGGCUGGAUACACCAAGCUCGCCAGCGACUUUCCUCUGGAUAUAUUUCAAUGAUGGUGGUCUCUGGUUCACGAUGGGUGAGCCAAAGCCAUAGCCAGACGAUAGAAAUCUGCCUUGAGACAAGAGCCAAUGUCACGUAGUGAAAGCUGAAGAUCAGACACAGAGGACUCUAAGGCAGUUCAAACC